UUGUUAAAAGGGGCGGCACUUCCGGUAAAAUACAAAUAUGAUUGGUUUAAAAGAGUAGCCAGUUAAAGUUCAAAAUACUGCAUUCUGAUUGGCUACUUGAGAGAAUGGUGCCACUUAAUAUGGUUAUUGACUACUUCCACCACAUAGGGAGCACAGAGUUGCUGCUGAACCUCUGUUACCUUUACCUGCAACACAAGUUCAGUUCUCACUUCCUUCAAUACUAAAGACACCCUGCUACUACUCAGCAGAACCCCCGUGUCUGAUGCCAGGGAUAGUGUGAAGAUGGAAUCUGUCCCCAUUAAAGAGGAGCUCCCUGAGCUUGAACUCGUCCCCAUUAGACUGGUUUUCUCCGGAUUGCCUUCCCUCCCCAUGAAACCGGAGAUGCCAUGUGACAGCAUCAAGUCAGAGGUGCCUGGUAUUAAAGAUGAGAGCAAUGAACUGGAGAUCCCCCAGACAGCAGGACCAGGUCCCAUUAAAGAAGAGGUGCUGGAAAUGCAGCCACUAAGCAGAAGCAUGUGUGAUGCCAUGGACAGUGUGAAGACUGAAUCUGACCUGAUUUAAAGAGGAGCUCCCUGAACUUGAAGUGGUCCCCAUUGCACUGUUAUCUGCACUGGCUUCCCUCCCCAUUAAACAGGAGCUCUGUGAGAUCAUGCCAUGCAGUGGCAUCAAGCCAGAGGGGUGUGCUGGGAUUAAAGCUGAACACAGUGAAUUGGAGAUCUGCCAGACAGAAGAACCCGUUUCCUUGAAAGCAGCCCCCCCCUGCGCUGGGUCCUGUACGCCUGCGGGCGUGUAGCGUGGUGCUGAAGAGAAUCUGCCUGAGAGUGCAGGGCGCUGGAGCGGGAGCCAGCUCUCCCAACAGCAUGCGAGGAUGUGGAAAGGAAGACGGGGGGAGCUCCCAUUCAGAGUGCAGUCCAGCAGGUUCCAGAAUAGCAGCUAAAGCAAGGGCGAGCAGUGACUGUGGGAAUGGUGUCACCAAGUCAGGAGGUUUUAGAAUACUCCAGCGAACGCGCAGAGGAAAGAAACCGUAUCUCUGCUCUGACUGUGGGAAGAGUUUCAGUUGGUCAGAAAACCUUGCAACACACCAGCGAACUCACACAGGAGAGAAACCAUUUCACUGCUCUGACUGUGGGAAGAGGUUUAGUCAUUCAGCAACCCUUGUAAUACACCAGCAAAUUCAUACAGGAGAAAAACCGUAUCGCUGUUCUGAAUGUGGGAAAGGGUUCAGUCACUUGGGAGAUCUUGUAAAACACUGCCGUGUUCACACAGGAGAGAAACCGUAUCAGUGUUCUGACUGUGGGAUGAGGUUUAAUCAGUCAGGACACCUUAAAACACACCAGCGAACACUCACAGGAGAGAAACCAUAUCGCUCUGACUGUGGGCAGAGUUUCAGUCGGUCAGGAAACCUUGCAUCUCACCAGCGAAUUCACACAGGAGAGAAACCAUAUCACUGUUCUGACUGUGGGAAGAGGUUUAGUCAUUCAGCAGCCCUUGUAAUACACCAUCGAAUUCACACUGGAGAGAAACCAUAUCAGUGUUCAGACUGUGGGAUGAGGUUUAAUCAGUCAGGACACCUUAAAACACACCAGCGAACACACACAGGAGAGAAACCAUAUCGCUGUGACUGUGGGAAGACGUUCAGUUCAUCAACAAACCUUGUAUCACACCAGCGAAUUCACACAGGAGACAAACCAUAUCACUGCUCAGACUGUAAGAAGAGUUUCAUUCAGUCAGGAGAUCUUGUAAAACACCAGCGUGUUCACACAGGAGAGAAACCAUAUCACUGUUCUGAUUGUGGGAAGGGUUUCAGUUCGUCGGGAUACCUUGUUGUUCACAAACGACUUCACACAGGAGAGAAACCAUAUGGCUGUUCUGAUUGUGGGACGAGGUUUAAUCAGUCAGGACACCUUAAAACACACCAGCGAACUCACACAGGAGUGAAACCGUAUCACUGUUCUGAUUGUGGGAAGAGUUACAGUGAUUCAAGAGACUUUGUAAAACACCAGCGAAUUCACACAUGAUAAAAAAUGCAUUGCUGCUCUGACUGUGGGAAGAGUUUCUAUAAGUCACGACACCUU